AGCAAUGUGAAAGUGAGUCGCUUUCUCAGGUUCUGAUUAGGUCAAAUCUUACUUUUGUUGAAUAGUGGAGCGUUUCGAUCACUACCAAAGAAAUCCUUCAUUUUUACGAACGUUACUUAGUCAUGCUGGAUUUACUCCGUUCAGCUAUGUGAGAUUUUAGUUGUUAUUUAUAAUUCUUUUUGCGGUUAAACGUAUCACCACACUAAGUGCCUAUAUUAAUAAUCUUAAAUGAACCAAAAAAGGACAUGCUCAGUAGUACUAUAUUGCUACGAAUUUUGAUUCAACCAACAUCCAGACAACUUUAUUAUGGUAGCGAGUCCCGCAUUAUCUGUAUGCCCGAUAAAGAGAAGACUGCUGUAGUAGGACGUUUUCUAGCCUCAAAGUCAAACUUGAGUAGCAUCAAAUUCAAAGGUUUUACAGCAAUAUACCGAUGGCUCAGUCUAAAGCGAAAUCAUGAGUACUUUCCAAUCUUUCACACAUCAACUUCAAGACAGUCAUACUCUGCCUAUCACCAGUGUUUUGUUUUUGGUAUUUGGCUCUGGAAACAGAUAAGUAGUAAAGGAAAUGAAAAACUUCUAAUGUUAGGAGAAAGUUUGACCAAACAGUGUAAUUUUUACGUUUCACAACGUUUUAGACGAGGAUUUCAGAUAUGUAAUUUGUACAAAAGGUUGUACAAUGAAAAGAGUAUAGGAACACUUGCAUCGGCAUUUGUAAGAAGACUAAAGAAUGCCUUAAAACUAGAGCAUAGAAAUAAGUUUGGUUUACUUUUGAGUGCAGCUGCUUUCAGUUGGGAGAAAGAAAGAAUCACGGAUGAAGAGGUUUUGAGUGAAAUUCAUACCAUAUGCCAAGGAUGUGCAAACGGAGCAGUUUCUGAGAAUGGAACAACUGGAUCUUUUAAAAAUGAGACUAACAACAAAGAAUGGGAAUUACUUCUAGCACGCUCCAAUCUGUCAGCAUACAGGAAAUCAGUUCCUGGUUCUUCUUUAUAUGAGUACAAAGUUCUUGGUUCCUUCCAUGAUAUCUCUGCCAGAGCCUUUUUUAAUGUUCAGGUAGGAACAUUUAAAGUUAUCAUACAGAAAAUGCUUUCUUUCAUGCUUACACAAAAUAUAACAAAAAUAUUUUAA